UUUAGCAAAAUCAUGAAAACUCGAAAGAGAAACAAAAGAACAUCCUCUCUAGAUGCACCAAAGAAUACAACGUCAGAGCAAUCAUCGAGGCCAGAUUCUCUGUCACUAUCGAUGUCUGCGAUGGACAAGGUGCCUCAUACAACCCACCUCAAAAAAGGGAAAAAAAUAAGACUAGUGCCAAGAGUAUAUCUGGAUAUUAUCAAACUUAACUCUCAAUCGCUCCUUGUUACUGUUAAAGCUGCGCGGCAUCUUUAUGACGGAAAUGGAACAGGUGUAGACUCGUAUGUAAGGGUUCACAUUACUGGGCAACCUCCUGAAGCUGACUGGGUCACUUACACUAGGAUAAACGAUGCAAAUCCUGUCUAUAACGAGCCCUUUAACAUUGACAUUCUGGAAACAUUACUGCUAGCACAUCUGCAAGUUUCCAUCUGGAGUGUGAAUAAAGAUAAAAGUCAUCAAUGUAUGGGCUGCAUGUCCUUCCCCUUUCAUAUGAUCAAUGUUAUGAACAAGCGGUUGUUAGGAUGGUUUGAGUUGCUGGACACGACACUCGGCCAGACUGAUUACAGACCUUUCGUAACUCUCGACUGUAGGAUAUCACAGAGUAGCGAGGUAGGACAUUUUGCUGAGAUGCAACUUACAUCCAACACUGAAACACUGGAAAUACCUCGCCGGAAAGCAGUUAUUGAACUCGUCAACUACACAAGGAGAUAUCUCAUAUCCAUCGUCAACAAGUACAAGAUUUACUGCAAAAGUUUGAAAAGUUACCUCUCUUUGUCACACUACAACGCACUGUUCAACAAAUUAGAACUUGUCAUUCAAACACAGAUCAAUAUGUUUGACUACAUAAAGCACUGUUACAACGGCAGAUACGCUCUAGGCUCUGUUCUUCGGAGUUGGAUUCCAGAACUUGUUUGCGUGAUAGAAUACCAGAGACACAAGGAUCACUGUCUCAGAAUGCUGCAAGAUCUAGAACAAAGUGAAUGCCCUGACGUUAUCGAUAUUAUCAAGGAUAAGUUAAAGGAGUAUUCAGCUCUGUUCUCAAUGCCACUCACCUACAUAAAGAAUCUAGCUAGAUUCAUCAGGAAUGUUCUCCACUACACACUGGAAAAACACCCAGAUUACGCAAACAUGACCUGGGUCAAACAAUACGUUUACUGGCUAGAGGUACAGGUAGAAUCUCCACAAAGAAUCUCCCAUAAUCAGACUUUCAACCACAGCAUCCAAGUUAUUGACAGAUCCUUCACUUUCUCUAUGCCAGAAGAUUACCACGAGGACGAUUUUGUGGAAUAUGAUUGGGAAGAUUUAGGGGAAAUCAGUUCACUUCCAGACAGUCCGGAUUACUCAGACCCUCCUAGUGAGCAAGAACACGAAGAAACGCCGGAUAUGAUGGUUGCUGAAGGUAUUAGUCACAGUGCUGUUAGCCAAGAAGGAAUGCCAGUGGUAGUCGAAGAAGAAGAAGGAGAUGUAGAGUUCGAGUGGCCGGUGGUACCGCCCGAUGAACUGGAGAUAGACGAUGAAGUUCUCCUUACCAACCAGAGGACUGCCUCACUGGCAAAGACCUUGGACCAGGUUAUCGAAGUGUUCUCGUCGGUCUCUAAGAAGAAAACCACAGGUGCCUUACCCCUUCCAGAUAGUUCUAACUGGAAAACAAUCCAGAAACUUGUUCUUCCUUCAGAUCAGUUAGAAGACGGCGGCUCGACCUGUGAAGACAAACUGAUCCCCUCAGACUGCUCAGAUGAAGAGGGAUUGGACGAGGACGAGGAGGGUCUACAUAUCUCAAUCAACCAGACUGAACCUUACUAUUAUCAAACUAAUCCAGAAUGUAUUGCUGAUAAGAGACCAAGCAAGGAGAGUUUGAACGACUCAGCUGUAGGAUCAAUAAUAGAGUUUGAUGUUGACGAGGUUCCAGCAAUAAUACCCUUGGAUCACUCACCCAAGGGGCAUCACACCUUCAGCUACAAUCACCUUAAAUCUUCGAACAGCGGGAAAUCUUCACCUUCCUCCAAACGAUCUAACGACUCCAUAAACAAUCAGAGAUCACAGUUAAACUCUCGUUCAGACCUCGAAAACUCGUUAGUAGUAAACGGAGCUAACAAUCUUCUAACUCCUUUAAACUCUAGACGACUCGGUUCCCAAAAACGGUCCAAGUCCACCGUGGUGAGGGGAGGGACCAGCCACCACACGCCUGAUCUUAGUAUCAGGAGGAUUUACGCGGUUAAGUCAUUGAAUGAUAUCGUGUUUUCUGAGGAUGAAUAUGAUUUUGCUGCGGUGUGAUGGUAGUUGUCAUCCAGCUGAGUGUUUUUAUCAAAAUUAAGGCCUUUUUCAGUAUUUUGUUCAUUGAAUUUCAUAGGUAUUGGAAUUCUUGUAUGCUAUAGUAUGCUGUUAGAGUUUCAGUGGCGCAUUAGAUAGUAUGCUUUGUAUGUUUUUAUGGGACCUUCUAAAUUGUGAACAAAUGUUAUCAGAAGGUGUAUAUUUCAUUAUUGAGGUGUUGAAUGUUGAUUUAAAGUGGCAAAAAGAUGAUCAUGGUUAAGUGCUCAAACUCGUCUAAUUGCAGAUUUGGGUAAACUGGCUAAGAUUCGACUAAAAGUAAUGAUAACAUGCUUUUUAAUUUAGAGACUUGCUUUUAACAUUAAAUGUUCUUUAUAAUCAAACAUUACAACUUUUUGACCGGUGAAUAUCAAUAAAAACUUAGUAAACUGCAUCCAAAAUGUGUGUGUGUUUUUUUACAGUUUGAUUGCAAUAACAUAAUAGUUGUGAAUAAAUAAAUGAAAAAGAAUGCGUUAUUUUCUAUUUGAACAUGUUUUCGGUUUCCCUCUGUACAAUAAAUUAUUAUGAAGUUUGAAAAGAUGUUUAGAGGUUCCUGGGAAUUUGUAAUACAUGUAUUUAAUUCAAUAAAUC